AUGCCCAAGUCCAAGCGCGCAAAGGUCUUCCACCUCACGCAGGUCACCAAAAAGACCCGCGAGCAAAAGGACCAGCUCUUCCAGAACAUCCGCGAGCAGGUCCCCGAGUACCAGCACUGCAUCGUCUUCAACGUCGACAACAUGCGCAACAACUACCUCAAGGACGUCCGCCGUGAACUCUCCGACAGCCGCCUCUUCUUCGGCAAGACAAAGCUCAUGGCCAAGGCCCUCGGCCAAACCGCCGAAGAAGCCAUCGUCCCGGGCAUCGAAGGCCUCGCCCCCCACAUCACCGGCACCGUUGGCCUCCUCCUGACCAACCGCCCCGUCGACUCCGUCCUCGACUACCUCUCGGGCAUCGCGCCCGUCGACUUUGCGCGCGCCGGCGUCGCCGCCUCGCGCUCCUUCACCAUCCCCCCGGGCGUCGUCUACGCCACCGCCGGCGAGGUCCCCAAGGAGAACGACGUCCCGCUCACGCACACCAUCGAGCCCGAGCUGCGGCGGCUGGGCGUGCCCACGCGCAUGGUCAAGGGCAAGGUCGUGCUGGGGGACGAGAACGGGGAGGGCGAGGGCUAUGUCGUUUGUAAGGAGGGCGAGAUUCUCGACUCGAGACAGACGAGGCUGUUGAAGCUGUUUGAUGUCUGUCUGAGCGAGUUUAGGAUCAAGCCUUUGGCAUACUGGAGCGCUGCGACCAACGAGGUGACAGAGAUCGACCAAAACGCCAUGGACGGUGUCGAGGAAGAAGAGUAA